GAACCUGUCAUUAAACAGGAAAUUAGUGUUGAACGUGUAUCCUUUGUGCCCUGCGUCGUGCCCCCUCCCCUCGGUGUUCUGUCUGGCUCGUUGGCAGUGACCGGUGCCCGUGUGAUUGUUCUGGGGAUCACGCCGCCUGCCUGCCCGUUGAUGGUGUUGGCGGAGACGGUGCACGACAGUCUGAAGGUGGGAUGGAGUUCUGAAAGGCGGCGUGGAAAUAAGUUAGCGAACCGUUGGAAUGGAUCAAAGUGAGGCAAAGUGGAGUGCCAGGAAGACGGGCGAAGCAGUAAUAGUGAAGUGUGCUGUAAGGGUGGACGCAAAGGGGUGAAAAAAAAUCUCCCGGGUGCAGUUUAAUAUCGGGCAGUGCUUAUACGAACAUCAGAAAAUUAUUGCGUGUGAUAUUCAAUAGUUAUGAGAAACAGUGAAAGCAAAUACGAUAAAUGAAACCCAAAAUAUGUGAUAAAUCCAGAAAUUUCACAUAACAAAGGACAGUGAACUUAAUUUAGCAACAAUAAAAUAAAUAGUUUCCAUCCUAAACUUAAGUGUGUGAUAUUCAAUAACCCUGAAAAUAUUGAAAGUAAACACAUGAGCUGAAAUCCCAAAUAUGUGAUAAUUCUAUAAAUCUAAUAUACUAAAACUAACUAAAGGAAAGGGAACCUAAGAAAGACAGAUAGACAGAUAUUAUUCCUCAACGACAUCCAUCGCUUAGAACGUAACUCCACGGUUAAAGGAAAAAUAAAAAAGAGAGAGUGAGUUCCCGUCUUUUCUCCACUUCGAAGCCAGCAGGAGCAGAUGAAUCGGAAGAAAGGGACCGCCGGCGAGAGGAACACAUUCACGGUGUUUCUUUCCGACGAGGACAACAACCCUCGGCCCUUACGAGACCCCACCGCCACCGCCACCACCACCAACAACAACAAUAACAACAACAACAAACCCACCAACAACAACAAACCCACCACCACCACCAUCACCACUGCCAUGGCCGGUCUAUCGUUGGAGGGUCUCGGACAACCGGGUGUGGGCGUGAACGGCAGCAUGGGCGUGAGGAUGAGGAAGUCUUCGGUGCCCAUAAUCUCGCCUCGGUCCCUCGAAAUCCCUGCCGGCCACAUGCCCCCAAAGUCAAUCUCCAGAAGCGGUUCCCCGGCCAGACGCCGGUUCUCCAACGUGAGCGACGCGGUGACCAGGAAAAUUUCUACCACGAUAGGCUGGCGGAGCGUGAACGUGGAGGCGGUGGUGACACAGGCCAAAUGCCUCCUGACGCAGUACAUCAGGUGUCGCCUCAAACGGGCCGGCCUCCUUCACAAGAAACUGGGUCUUCAGCGGCUCCGAUCCGUGGCCAACCUCGCGGGCGGCUGGGAAGUGUGCGAGGUGUUCCCACGCGUGUCAGGCAUCGGUCAGGAGCUGGAGAGGACCUACCCAAAGCUGUACAGUUCGGUGGCGCGUCAGCUGUCCGUCUCCCUCACAUCAGAUAAGGUGGUUCGCUCCGUCAUCGUGCAGGUGGCAAGUCAGGUGUUCCACGGGGAGGUGAACUGGGCCCGCAUCAUCUCCCUCUUCGCGGUGGCGGCGGGUCUGGCCUCGGACUGUGUUAAGCAAGGGCACCCUGAGUACGUGGCCGGGGUGAUCGACGUGAUGGGACUGGUGACGGAGAGGCACACGGCGCCCUGGAUAGCCUCGCAGGGCGGCUGGAGUUCGCUGCUGUCGUGGUCGCAAACGCCGGAGACGGAAGGGUCAGCGCUACAAGUAUUGGUGUUGGUCGUGGCGGGGCUCAUCGUGGCGGCCUUCCUCCUCAUCCUGGCCAUCAAAUUCCUCGGGGAGCUGGUGACGUGAGCCUCGACACCCAUCGCCACCUACCCCAGUAUUGACAGAAGAUCGUAUUCUAAGACGUAUUUUCACCGUAGUCCACCUAUUUGAAGAGCCUCUCGUAGAAGUUCCUGGGCUUUUAAUGGGCGGUUUUGCGAUCCUAGUGAUAAUUCUACACGACCUCUGCACUCGGAACUGGAAAAUCACCCAUGAAAUCCCGGUUAAUUUUCUCUUUGGCCUUAGAAAAUAGUCGUGGUAGGUGCCCGGCCCGAUACGUUCAAGAAUAUGGACCCAGCUCUGUGGUCUACCCAACACCCGGGAGGACGCCGUGGAAUGUGAGAUCUGACGGACUGACUCGCCAUUGUUCGUGAUGGAAAUGUGAAGGGCGAAAGGGUCGAUGUGAAGUGCCAUUUAAAGUCGCCCGGGUGCCGUUGGUGUAAGUGAUUGUUAUGAAGUGACAGAUGGUGCGCCAUUUGAAAAUGUGAAGACAGUUAUUUACGAUGAGGCAUUCGGGAGCCAAGUAAUAAAUAUUUGCUACAGAACAGAAAAUAUAUACUGCGAGUGGGUGAAAACAUGACUGAUCACAUACUAAGCCACGAAUAAUCACAUACUCACGCAAAUAUGAACUCUGCGUCGACGGAUACUACGUGGGUCUAAAUUGAGAGGACCAGCAGGUUCAAGUUGCUGUGAGACUCCUAUACUUGUUACCAGUACAUUGUAGCGGCGUGUAACCAACUGAAAAGAAAAAAAAUAAAAAAAAACAUCAUAUUUCGAUAUCUAGCGGCAUUCCUCGUCUUCAGUAGCUCUUUCAUGUGUGCAUUACGUAUUACUUGUUAUGUAUAUAUGUUAAUCUUUCCCGUACACGUGUUAUAUAAAAUUAUCAACUAU